GACGUACUUUAUUUGGGUCGCUCUGGUCUCCGGCCCUUGUCUCAGGUGCGCCCUCAGGCUGGAAAUGGUGGGCCUAGACGUCGGAGAGCCAGGGUUGUGGUCAGCUCUGGAACCUGGAGUAGCAUUGGCAAAGGAUAUUGGUUCCAGGGCCUUCGGACAGGGUUGCAAUGGCGGUGAGUCCCACAGGGCAGGGCCACCCCAGCCCGCAGCUCACUAUAGAUAGCCUUUCACUUCCUGGGGAAAACCCACCCCAACCGUCUUCGUGUACCGAGAGUAGCUGAAGUCCCCAGCUUGGCCUCCAGCCCCCAGCCCUGUUAGCAGCUGUCCCUGGGUCAUGCGACUGCUGAAUGGAAAGCGCUUUGGAAUGACACGAUCACUCCCGUUGAGUGGGCACCCAAGAAGCCAUCGGGAAUGUCGUGUCCGCCCAGUGCUCUUUCGGUGAUCCCAGCAGGGCCUUGCAGCCCUGGCCCAGAAAGGGGUCUUGCCAAACUUCCUGCCCCUAGGAUCCCCUCCUUUCUGAACUCUGGGCACACUCACUGCUCUAGAGCGUAAUUACGGGUUUCCUGCACUUUGUGCUGUGUCAGGUUAAAUCUCCGUUAAAGAAAAUAGGGGAAAGGGGGAUUUAAGUUAGAUUGAAGUGAAAACAUUCCGGAGCCCUCGUGGGACAGAGGAAAGAGCUUUCUCUCUGUAGAGGAGUGGGAUGCUCCCAACUGAGAGCAGUCCUUCAGCUCGGUCUUCUCAUGGUCACAUUGUUUACUUUGCCUACGAUGGCUCAUUGCCUAAACCAGGAGGCCAGAGUAUCUCUGAUAAUGUACACAAGGUUAAAAGAAAAGCAUUAAAAACUGGUAAUUCUGGAAAGUAUCGUGAUGGUUCUAGUUCCUCAAAAACCAAGAGAAGAAAUUCUACCAAAGUACGCAUUUAUCGGGGGUAAAGACGACCCAGAUAGCAUAGGAGAAAAUGGUUGUAAAUAACCUGAAGCCGCAGAACAUAAAUUCUUUCAAAAAUGGGAUUUUUUUUAGGAGUUUGUGAAAAUGCCUUUAAUGUUAGCUGCCCUAUUCCGCUGAUAAUUCAUUUGGAACUUUUGACGUUUGAUCAAGUGUCGAAUGUGGGGAAUGAAACGUUAUCGCAAAUAGGUAAGAUUUCGAUGAGAGAAACAGUCGGGUCAGGGCCGCACCCGGUAGCGAGGAUCCUCUCCCUGGCUGCUAAUGCCGGUGACGACGACGGAACUCUAGGCCUAAGGCGGACCUCGCGAUGCCGAUGCCGGGCAGGGCAGGAGGGACACGCGGAGGGAGUGCUGGGACUGAAGGUCGAAAGCGCCCGCCACGGUUCCCUCUGGCGCACCUGUCCGCUCAGAGACCUCCACCGGAUACGCUCCCCCGCCAGUCGGGGCUCCCGGAAGUUCGACCUCCUGGCGUUUUGCUUCCGGUUCCUCUGGCUCCUUCCGGUCGCCAUGGCGACGGGGCGCCUGGGGGUCGGAGAGACGCUAGGGGCCCUCAACACGGCUCUGGGGCCUGGCGACCCCGUGUGGUUCAAGGAGACGCGUGCCCGCCACCUGCGCGCCCGAGACUUUCUGGCGCCGCGGCCCGCGCUGCAAGCGCGCUUCCGCGACGGACAGGUGCCCGAGCGUGUGGUUCGUGCGGUCGCCGGCCUGCAAGGCCCCGGCGUGGCCCCAGUGCUGCGCUGCGCGCCGACGCCCGCGGGUCUGGCACUCCAGCUGCAGCGGCCCGCCGUCUUCGAGCGCGUGCUCGGCGCCGUGGCCGCCUAUGCCGCGCCAGCCGCGCCCGCCACACUCGGCCUGCGCGUCGUCCUGCACUGCCCGGCGCUGCGCGGCGCUCUUGGCGCGCUCCGCUUGAGCCAGCUGCGCGCCGUGCUCGUGGCCGAUCAUUUGGCGCGAGCUCUGCGCGCUCAUGGGGCGAGUGUGCGGCUGGUGCCCGCCGUGCGGGACCCGCACAUGCCGACCUUCCUGCAGCAACUGUGCGUGGACUGGCCCUCUGCCUCCCAGAGACCCAACAUCGAAGCCCUGAGGAACCUCGCGCUUGCAGUGCUUAGCCCUGCUCGGGACGGGGGAGCCCUGCCCCCUGGCGUCCUGGGCACAGUGUGCCUGAAGGAGGUGAUGCAAGAACGGGGACGCGCAGCUGGCUAUGACCCCAACCUGGACAAGUGUCUGGUGACUGAGGAUCUGCUCUCCGUGCUGGCGGAGCUGCAGGAAGCCGGCCGCCACUGGCCUGGGGACGGCCCUGCAGGCCUGGCUGCGGCCCCAGAGGCUGAUGCAGACAGCUGCAUGGUCGUACACGUGGUGAGCUGUGAGGAGGAAUUCCAGCAACAGAAGUUGGACUUGCUUUGGUGGAAGCUGGAUGUCCAGGCUCCUCUCACACAGAAGCACCUGGUCUGUGGCCCAGUGAAAGCAGCUGGUGCACCGGGCACCCUGACUGCCCCUGAGUACUACGAUCUGCGGCAUGCCCAGGUGUGCAAGGCGUCAGCACUGAAGCACGGCAGGGAGCUAGCAGGAGACCCAGCCUGGACAGAGGUCUUCAACGUUCUCUCUGUGGCAACCAUCAAGUUUGAGAUGCUCAGCACAGCUCCGCAGAAUCAGCUCCUCCUGGCCCUGGCCGACAGCAGCAUUUCCACAAAGGGCACCAAGAGUGGCACCUUCGUCAUGUAUAACUGCGCCCGUCUCGCCACACUAUUUGACGGGUACGAGCAUAGCAUGGAACAAGGUCUGUACCCCACUUUUCCACCUGUGAGCAGUCUCGAUUUUUCACUGCUACAGGAUGAGGGCGAGUGGCUGCUGCUCUUCAAUGGCGUGCUCCCCUUCCCAGACCUGCUGAGCCAGACCGCAGCCCUGGCGUGCGCAGCCCCAGGGCUCCACGUGACUGCACGCACCGAGAUGAUGUGCAAGUUCCUGGUUCAGCUCAGCAUGGAUUUCAGCUCAUACUAUAACCGCGUACACAUCCUAGGGGAGCCUCGACCACACCUGUUUGGUCAAAUGUUUGUCCGUCUCCAGCUUCUGCGGGCCGUGCGUGAAGUGCUCCACGCUGGCCUAGCCACGCUGGGUCUCCCUCCACUGAACCACAUCUAAGACCACAGAGACCCCGAUAUCUAGGAGUGUUUAUAAAGUCAUCACCUGGAAAAAAGAUAACAAAAAUUUUGUUAGAGACCCGGAGCCAAAAUAAAUGGCUUCUGUUGCACACGAA